AUAAUUACUAUUUUACCGAGGACCAUGGCUAAUGAAAGCGAAAUUGUGGUAAUGUCGACCUCAUCAAGGAUGUCGGAUGCGUCUCCGUCGCUAGCAGUGCGUCAGCGGUGGCGCAACGUACCCUUGCACGAGCGCUGCACCAUGCCCGAUAUGAUAGUGCUGAAGAACGCUUUUCAAGAGGCAUACCUGCACAGAUUGCUCCCAAAUCAAUUUAGGGACCUUUUGAGGAUCCAAUUUAACUUGGAAUACGAUGACGAAGAGUUCAAUAUAUUGUUUCUGAAGAUAAAUACGAACCGCAACGGCGAGAUGGAGUGGGACGAGCUGGUGUCGCACCUGCUGCUGGGCUACUUCACCAACGACCCUGAGAACCAGCGUGCGUCGCUGCAGCUGGCCAUCAUGGGGCGUCCCACCAUCAUGCGCUCUCAACACCGCCAUCCUAUAUCAAUAUGCUUCUGUCCUGAUGUUGCAAAGGAUCGCAGCAUGAGUCCAAUGCAGGGCUCAUAUAUCACGGCGAGCCGCGAUGGUCAACUCAACUGGUGGACACUGAACAUGGCGAUGCUUCGUACCGCUUAUUCAUCUAGUCCUGUCCUGAAAGUGCGCACUACGUGGGUGACAGACUGCGUGUGCCUUCCGGACGUGAACAUGCUGGUGACCAGCUCGACGGAGCGCGACCUGCGCUUCUACGACAUCACGGCGAAGACCUUCACGCUCAAGAUUGUGAUCACUAGCUGGGAGUACAUGAUAUGCACAAUGUACUACUACUUUCAAAAGGACAUAAACGAGAACUGCAUCUUGAUUCUUGGAGACGUUGGAGGAUAUGUGCGGGUUCUGCAGUUCUCUCCAAUCGAGCGAGGACCAUUCCGGAAUGAAGCUGGAAAACCGUUGCAGACGGUGCGACAUAUUGACCUACAACGUAAGCGUGCGUUACCAGAAUUGCGACUGAUUGAAAAAGCUCGAGUCCACACAGAUUGGGUGCGACAAGUUUCGUACUACUCGCCGUUGCACUGCCUCGUUUCCUGCGCCACAUGCCCCGAUGCGCUGCUUAUGUGCGAUCUGCAGGGCUCCAAAACACACAAUAUGUUCCACGUCGAUAAGGGGAUCCAAUGCUUCGCGUUUGACGAGGAAACCCAUGUACUAGUGACAGGCGGUCCAGACUGCACGGUUCGCGUGUGGAGCCCCUUCGUUCCUGCUGCUCCGAACUUGGUCCUCCAGGGUCACCACGCGGGCAUAAUUUCCCUCGUACUGCAGAACGGUGGACAGACCAUCUAUUCGCUGUCAAGAGACAGGGUUAUCAAGGUCUGGGAUGUUCAAGGGCAGAAUUGUGUUCAGACGUAUAUAGAUGUGCCUUCUGAAAUCGGCGAGCGUACCCCAAUUUCAGCCGUCUACAACCCAGCUACACGAGAAUUCAUUCUGGCAGCCAUCAAGAUUGCAAUUCUGGUAUUGGAUGAGCAACUGAACACUAACCAUACGGAUGGCUUUACGCAUUCGAGGGCUAUUUCGAAGAUACUCUACAAUCCUCUGUUUAAAGUGAUCAUCACAUGUGGGUUGGACAGCAUCAUCAUCAACUGGAACCCGUUAACUGGUAAACGCAAUGUGAUGAUGAGGGACGCGCAUACCCGGCAACUCCAUGGCGAGCAGAUCCCGGUGGAAAUCACUGCCGCCUGCUUCGACCCAGGUUACCAGCUGCUGUGUACUGGCGCAAGAGAUGGUUCGCUUAAGACUUGGAAUUUUAAUUCUGGCCUCUGUCUGCGAACCUUGAUGAUUGAAUACAAUUGUGAAGUUACCGGUGUGUUCUGGGUUGAAGGGCGCAUUAUGGCAGUUGGGUGGAAUCGACACGUGACAGAGUUCGAGGACACCGGCACAGCCACGACAGGCAAAUCGUGGGAGACUCGGCAUAGUGACGAUGUCCUGGCCGCGGCGGCGCGUAUGCCGUUUUGUCUUGCUACCAGUUCCUACAACUCCGAGAUGAUACUGUGGAAGUUGGAGACCGGUCAGCCGUACAGAAUGUUCUCGUGCACGGAGCCAAUGCUGCGCAUCAAGAUGCAAUUCAACAAGCGCGACUUAAGCCGCGCCGCUAGUCCUGGUGCGGCUGCCAAACGGCAUUCUUCGUCCGCGCACAGACCCAGCAGUAUGAGUGGGCGCGGCGUGGACACGGCGGCGGCGGUCCAGAAGGCUCGCGCGCGGCGUGUAUCUACUGUCUCGCUCCCGCAGCGGGCGCAGGCUAUGCGCCAUCUCGCCGUGCACGCCAUGGUCUUCCUGGAGACGAGGCCUAUGCAUAUGCGCGUUGCAUCACUAAUGUUGUCCGUCGAAAACGGCAUGGUGCAAGCGUGGUCCGACCAUUCAGCCGGCGGGUUCCAGGGCUCCUUCCAAGCCGUGCACACAGCUGGCGACUACGUCUCGGCGCUGGCAACGGACACGAAGAACAACUACCUCUUCACUGGCACCACUGUGGGAUACAUCAAGACUUGGCUUAUGACGAACUAUCUUGUUAAUAAGGAGGUACACAUCAACAUGCCAGCUCUUCGCCUCGAGUUCCCGUUUUUGUGGCGCGAUCGCAUCGAGGGUCGAGCCAAGCGCUGCGUGCGCGAUCAGCCCUUGCCCUUACUGCUGAACAGCUAUAAAGGCCAUGUGCGUUGCGUGACUUCUCUCGCGUAUAUCGACGAGUACAAGCUACUUCUCAGUGGCAGUUCAGACUACAGUGUUCGAGUAUGGCGUCUUUCUGGCGAGUACUUGCAGACCCUGGGCUCUUUUCAUCCUUGGAACUUGGAUGUAACGUCUGUGCCACCUGAUGUCAAGAAGGUCGCCAGCUUUACCACUAUGAAGGUGUUCCGCGGCGGAUACGUGUCGCGUUACGUACCCGGUCAGAUCGAGAUCGACAAAUUGCGCGACAUCACGGAGCGCGAGUUGCGCUCGGGGACCUUCGGCGCGCCGUGCGAGGACCCGCUGCUCGGGCACCACUUCAAGCUGCCGCGCCGUCCCGAGACACAGGCACCGAUUGUACUCGAUGAUUCUCUGCAGACGAUUCCGCUAUACGCACAUCUCCGCAUGGCAUCCACCACCCCGAUACGUCGACCACGCACGCCGGAGCUGGUGCGCGCAACACGCCUGCGCCGAGCCGCCCUCGCCGGCAAGAAGGCGCAUUUCGGCUCCGCGUCUAAUAUGGAGCCUACGCCUCAGAGCGCGCAGAGGUUGAGCACGGAAAAGCGCUCUGAGAAGUCUGAGACUUGAAGAUUUAUGUAUGAUCUAGACUUAUUUUGAUGCGUGAACUCGCAUGCGAUUUUAGUUACAUUGCGGAUUGCUGAGACUACAUACAAUUAAUACUUGUACUAUUAUAUAUUCUGUGCCCUUACACGGCCCGCGUACUAAGUUUUAGGUUAAUAGCCGGCGAACGGAGGGAUGUAAAAGCGCCUUAUUGUAGUUACUGUGACUUCUCCGAGAAUAUAAUUUAACUCGAAGUUGGAUGUCGUGUCCGACUCGUUUUACAACGUAACAAUACAACUUGGACAAGGUCAAGUUCAUGGACUUUUUUCAGAAUUAUACAAUAAAUGCGAAACAAGCUUGACAUCAUUAUUCUUUUAACAGCUCAAAAAAGGCUAAAGAUUUUAAUAACAAAAAUGAUAAAUGGAUGUCGUGAAAUCUAAAAUAUAACGUUAUUCUGUAUUGCUAUUCAGGUUUAAUAUUUUAGACCGAUGUUGUGAGUUUAUAUAAAUAUAAAAUAUGUUAAUCAUGUAAUUCUAUGAACUAUAUACGUUUG